GUGCAUUUUUAAUUCCCUACCUGAUCCUGCUUGUCCUGGAAGGAAUGCCUCUCUUGUUGCUGGAGUUUGGCAUCGGCCAGCGUCUCAGGAAAGGCAGUGUAGGAGUGUGGAGGUCCAUCAACCCUUAUCUGACUGGUAUUGGUAUAGCCUCCAUGUUGGUGUCCUUAUUGAUUGGACUGUACUACAACACCUUGAUAGCCUGGAUUAUGUGGUAUCUCUUCAAUUCCUUUCAAAGCCCGCUGCCUUGGACCCAGUGUCCUCUGAAUAUCAAUGGAACAGGCUUUGUACCAGAGUGUGAACAGAGCUCCACAGUGGAUUAUUAUUAUUACCGAGUAACGCUGAAUACUUCGGCCUCUAUAUCGGAUUCUGGAGGAAUGCACUGGCCCGUAGUGGUCUGUCUGCUAGCUGCCUGGACCUUUAUAUGUGUCUGCUACAUGCAGGGCAUUGGCACUUCAGGCAAGGCAGUGUACGUCACAGCCAUCCUGCCUUACAUAGUGCUGGGCAUCUUCCUGAUCAGAGGACUGACUCUAAAAGGUUCCCUUAAUGGAGUAAAGUUCCUCUUCACACCAGAUGUUGAUGAGCUGAUGAAUCCAACAACUUGGCUUGAUGCAGGUGCCCAGGUCUUUUAUGCCUUUAGCUUAGCUUGGGGUGGUCUCAUUUCCUUCUCAAGCUACAACCCUGUUCAUAACAACUGCAUGCAGGAUGCUGUGAUCCUCUCGGCCAUCACUGGCUUCACCUCUGUGUAUGCUGCGACAGUCACCUACACCAUUAUUGGCUUCAGAGCAACAGCUAAAUAUGACAAGUGUAUCAGUGAAAACAUCAUGACAUUGUCAAAUAGAUUUGAGCUCCCUGAAGACAACAUCACUACAAGCAAUUACGAGGCAGCCUUGAUUCGUCUCAACAGCUCUUAUCCUGAUAUAGUUCUUGGAUUGGAAAUCAAAACUUGUGACAUGCAGAAACUUCUUAGUGAGGGAGUGGAGGGAACAGGUCUGGCCUUCAUCGUGUUCACAGAAGCCAUCACCCAGAUGCCCGGUUCUCCAGUUUGGUCCGUCCUCUUUUUCGUUAUGCUUCUUUGCUUGGGAAUCUCAACCCUAUUCGGCAACAUCGAGGGGGUGGUGGUCCCAUUGAAAGAUCUGAAUAUUAUACCUAAAAAUUGGCCCCAAGAAGCAGUGACAGGUGUCACAUGUUUUGUAGGCUUCAUCAUCUGUCUCCUGUUUGCCCAGAAUUCAGGGAUUUAUUGGGUAACACUUUUUGACAACUUUGCUGGAUCUGUUCCACUUCUGACCAUUGGAUUGUUUGAGAUGAUAUCUAUUGUAUACAUCUACGGCAUAGACAGGUUCAAUGAGGACUUGAAGUUCAUGGUCGGACAUAAGCCCAACAUCUUUUGGCAGAUUUCAUGGCGGUUCAUCAGUCCUCUGGUCGUUCUGGUUAUUUUAGUUUUCUACCUGGUGACACAAGUCCAAAAAGAGCUCACCUACUUAGUCUGGGAUGUCAACUCGGACAACUUUCCAUCUCUGGCAUCAGUACCGUACCCUUCCUGGAUCAAUGCCGUCAUCUUUCUUUUGGCAGGAGUCCCUAGUCUGGCAAUACCUGUAUAUGCAUUAUGUAGAUUCAUCUUUGUUCACUGCAAGAAAAAAUAAAAUCCAGUUAAAGAAUUAGCUAAGUUUCUGCAUUGAUUAUCAAGUCAUA